AAUUUCCCUUCUUUUAUGUCGUUGAAGCUUCAAUUAAUGGCAAAAGAAACUAGAAAGCAGCGGCAACAACAUUGGUAAGGCAGGCGGAUCCGAUUCUUAAACGUGAAGUGGACUAUCAUCCUUCCGGAUUGAAUAUCACCCACGUCUUCCAUGAUCGUUACUGCAAUUACCAGCGAGGAAUUUGACGUGUUCAUUCAUCUUUCCUUUUAGAUUUUGGAAUUCGCGUUGUUUGGUGGGUUAAUGGAGCAGGAGAGAAGUUUGCCGGGUUCAUCACUUAGCCCUAGAUCUCCGUCUUCGCAGCCUUAUCUUUCAGUUUCGGUGACUGAUCCUGUGAAAUUGGGAAAUGGGGUCCAAGCUUAUAUCUCAUACCGAGUCAUCACUAAGACUAAUUUUCCUGAAUACCAAGGUCCAGAGAAGAUUGUCAUUCGGCGAUACAAUGAUUUUGUAUGGUUACACGAUCGACUUUUUGAGAAGUAUAAAGGCAUUUUUAUUCCUUCUCUUCCAGAGAAGAAUGCUGUAGAGAAAUUUCGUUUUAGUGCUGAAUUUAUAGAAAUGAGGCGUCAAGCUUUGGAUAUAUUUGUAAAUCGGAUAGCUUCACAUCACGAGCUUCAGAAGAGUGAGGACUUGAGAACCUUCUUGCAGGCGGAAGAAGAGACCAUGGAGAGGUUGAGAUCUCAUGAUUCUGGAAUUUUCAAGAAAAAGCCAGCUGAUUUAAUGCAAAUAUUCAAGGACGUACAAUCUAAAGUGAGUGACAUUGUUCUUGGAAAAGAAAAGCCGGUGGAAGAGUCAAAUCCUGAAUAUGAAAAGCUAAAACACUACAUAUUUGAGCUUGAAAACCACUUAACUGAAGCCCAGAAGCAUGCAUAUCGACUUGUGAAAAGGCAUAGAGAGUUGGGACAGGCGUUAUCGGAUUUUGGAAAGGCUGCCAAGCUUCUUGGUGCUUGUGAAGAAAAUGCUGUUGGCAAGGGGUUCUCAGAACUGGGAGCCAAAUCAGAGAUGUUGUCAAUUAAGUUGCAAAAGGAGGCUCACCAACUUCUGAUGAAUUUUGAGGAACCUUUGAAAGAUUAUGUUCGUACCGUGCAAUCUAUUAAGGCCACCAUAGCCGAGAGAGCCAAUGCCUUCAGGCAGCAAUGUGAACUUGCCGAAACAACAAAGCUGAAAGAGAUAAAUCUAGACAAACUCAUGCUAAUGAGAUCCGAUAAAGCAGCUGAGGCUGAGGUGGAGUACAAAGAGUUGAAGGCAGCGAGUGAGGAAGCGACCAAAAGAUUUGAGACAAUAGUGGCACUAAUGAAUCAAGAGACCAUAAGAUUCCAGGAACAGAAAACAUUAGACAUGGGGCUCGCUUUCCAUGAAUUUGCAAAAGGACAGGCCCGUUUGGCAAAUGGGGUCGCCGAUGCAUGGAGAAGUCUCCUUCCCAAGCUCGAGGCUCUCUCAGUUUCAUGAACAAUUACGUCCUGCUACCACAAAGACAUGCUUUGGUAGUCAUCUUGAACAGCAGAUGCAGAGAUUGUAGUAACGAAAGCAACACCUGUAUUGGUUUUGUUUUCUGCUUUUCCAUCUUCUGUACAGAUUCAAAUAUGGCGUUGUAGUCUUAGACAUCUUUAGCAGAUCAAAUUCCAUCACACUUCACUUGCUAUCAUUCUUCAUACUGUGUUGGGUUCACUCAGCAGUUUCCCUUUACUUAAAUAGUUCAGUAUUCUAUGAUACUUGAAAGGAUGAAGUGACCUUUAUGGGGGGUUGGUUUUUUGGUCUGUAGAUGUGCUCGACGAGAUAAUGGUGGACAAAAUAGCUAAUUCUUUUCUUUAUUUUCUUUUUCA